AUGGACCCUCCACUCCACGAACGAGCCGGCUUCGUGGGAUCAGCCGCGCGGUUCUACCAUCGGACCUAUUUCGCAGACUACGUUGGCUUUGUGUUGCUCGAAGCAGCAUAUAUGCUGACCAAGCUUCUCAUCACCCCUGUACAUCGCCCAUUCACGCUCGACGACCGCCGAAUACAAAAUCCUCACGCCGACCCUGAGCGCGUCUCCUCAUUCGAGAACUUCAUCUACGCAGGCGUCAUUCCCUUCGGCUUGUUGCUCGUUUGGGCAGCUGUAACGCGACCGGGCUUCCACAAAGCUCACGUCACGGUCCUAGGCUUCCUGAUCAGCGUAGCCAUGUCCUCGUUCCUCACACACGUCUUCAAGAACGCCAUUGGAAGAGCUAGACCAGAUCUGAUCGCGCGCUGCCAUCCAGCAAAGGGAACACCUGCGCAUCAGCUCAUCGACUACCACGUCUGCAUGCAGACCGACGCAUACAAGCUGAAUGACGGCUGGCGCAGCUUCCCCAGCGGGCACAGUUCCUUUGCGUUUUCCGGGCUCGGCUAUUUCUCGAUGGUGCUUGCCGGACAACUGCACUCAAUUCGCCCACGAACAGACCUAGCUAGAGUCUUGAUAGCACUUGUGCCAUUGCUCGGUGCAUUCUUGGUUGCAGCGUCUCGAACAGCAGAUUACAGACACGAUGUCUACGAUGUGACGGCCGGCAGCAUCUUAGGCUUUGCAAUGGCCUAUUUCGGCUACAGAAGAUACUACCGGUCGCUGUGGGACCCGAUGUGUCACGUCCCAUAUCCAUCACCUGCAGAUGACGAGAAGGAGGAGCGGCGGCUAUUCGCCUACAAGGACCCGGACGAAGAAGCUGCGGCGUCCCCCCGUGCGGAAAGCUUCGAUCUGAACGACCUGUCGGAAGACGAGUCAAGGCCUCUGAAUGCAGGCAGCAAGGGGAAACAACGGCAAGAAAGUCGAUAG